AUGCAAUUUGAUGAAAAUGGAAAAGCUGUUAAACAAUACAUUGGAGAAGGUGAAAAUGGUCCAAUUAAUUCAUACCGUCAUAAUCCAUAUUCUUAUUUCAAUGAAGAAUUAAAUGCUAUUGAAGAGGGACCGGAUGGAUUACCACGAUAUUCUAACCAGUUUGAUGGUCAAUAUGCAAAUAUUAGACCUGAAAUUUCAGCUAAGAAAUUCUUUAAAGUUGCUUUAUUUGAUCCAGUUUUCGCAAAUGUUAAAGAUGAACUUAAACAGCAAUUCCAACCAAUUAUAGUAGCAAGAAUUGCAUCAGGUGCUUUAUCUCAAGCAUUCAAAGAUUUAAUUAAGAAACCAUUAUAUCAGCAACGAGGUUUAACUUAUGAUUUAGUUAAGGAAUCAGAUAAAAGAAAAUUUGAGAAAUCAGUUGAUUAUAAGAAUGCAAUUAAUGAAUAUAUUCGGUCUAUUAAUUUCGAUGAAACAGCUAAAAAUCAACUUCAUGAACAAAUACAGGGAAUAAUAGAUUCAAAAGUUCCAGCAAAAUAA